AUGCGCGAUUACGUGCGCACGAUGUGCGAUGAAGUCUGGCCUGCGUGUGCGAGGGUGGGGGAGGCGGUGGAGAAGUGGCCUCAGGGGGCUGGGUGGGAGAGGACGGGGUUUUGGUUAGCGCAUGGACGGACGUUGCAGGAGACGUUGGAUCAGGACCCGGUGAAGCUCGGGCGUUACGAUCGAGCUAUGGGCGCCAUGUCCAACGACCGGAGUUUCUCGGUCGAGCAUGUCGUUGAGGGGUACGACUGGGCGGCGCUCGGGCAAGCUACGGUGGUCGAUAUGGGAGGCGGCGUGGGAACGGUGAGUAAAGAGCUAGCCAAAGCUUUCCCGCUGCUGGAUUUCAUCGUCCAGGAUCGGCAGGAAGUGAUCGAACAUGCCUCCUUGGACGCCACGCUGAAAGAAAGGGUGAGGUACAUGGAGCAUGAUAUUUUCCGCGAGCAGCCGAUUAAGGACGCCGCGGUGUAUUUCAUCCGGCGCGUACUAAUGGAGAAGAACAACGAGCAAUGCGUGGACUUCCUCAAAGCCCUGAUACCGGCCCUCAAGCUAGGAGCGGUGGUGCUGAUCCAGGAUCCCAUGGUGCCGAAUCCUGGGACUUGUCCCAGCUGGCAGGAGAGGAGGUUCCGGGAGUCUGAUGUCGCGGCGUAUUCUCUGAUCAACCAUUGCCCGAGGGAGGAGGAGGAGUGGAGGGAUAUUGUUCUGCGAGCUGGGGAGGGGUUUGAGUAUAAGGGGGUGAGUAUGGCGGAGAACUCGAACACUGCGUUUGUGGAGGCGGUGUGGAGGGGUGAGCGAGGAUCGCAGGUCUAG